AUGUCAACCGCAUUCGUACUUACAGGCCUUCAGGAUGCCAAAGUAUCGAGGCCCGUCUUCAUGGGAGUCCUAUGGACCUUCACCGCAUCCUCGACGAUCUUCGUCGUCGCUCGCAUCGUCAUCCGCCUGAAGACCUUCCGACGGCUCUUCGUCGACGACUUCUUCGUGCUCCUGGCCUGGAUACUUUCUGUUAUCACCGGUAUCGUCUGGCGGAUCGAAUCCCCGGUGCUCUACGAGAUGUAUGCGCUCAGCGCCGGCAAAACGCCCUUGACGCCGGGCGUCGUCCCACGAUUGAAUGCGCUGAUGCGAUUCGAAGCCCCGUUCAUGGUCCUCUUCUACACCACGCUCUGGUGUGUCAAGUUCUCUUUCCUGACUUUCUUCUACAAGCUGGGAUCCAAAAUCCAGACCCAUCGCAGAUGGUGGUGGGUGGUCUCCGUCAUCACCCUGGCGGUCUGGGUGAUUUCAGUCGGAGACAUUGACUACCAAUGUAGCCUGGGAGGCGUGGAGUUUAUCUUCGAACAAUGUAGCAAGCCCUACCACAUCCGCUGGCAGAACGGCACCUUCUGGGCCAAUUGCGCCGGCGACGUGAUCACCGAUCUUCUUAUCCUCUCAAUCCCCACCCUCAUCGUCUGGAAUGUCCGAAUCUCCCUCACGAAGAAACUAAUCCUCCUCGGCAUUUUCGCCGCGAGCAUGGUCAUCGUGGCCGUGGCCAUUAUCCGCGUCGUCACCAACCAUGCCCUCGACCACAACAUGGAUAUGACCUGGCUGUGGAUGUGGAGUUUCAUUGAGAUGGGCACCGCGAUCAUGAUUUCCUGCGUCGCCUCCUUCCGCCAGCUCUUCGUCACCUCCCAGAACCAGCACUUAUACGGCCACUCCGCCUAUCAUCCGGGCAAUCCCUUGCUCACAGCCCUGCGGCUACGGCAGGCCAGAUCCCAGGCUGCCGGCAAUAAAAGCUGGCGCGGGUACGAUAGCGGCUCCCACAAGAGCGAGACGGCUUUCGUGGCGGUGGAACAGGUGCAGUCUCGGGAGCAGGGUGAGAUUGCUAGCAUCCGAACGGAGAGUGAUGCAGGUAGAGGGCGGUUUAUCGAGCAUGUCACUGUAUAG